AUGUUUGAAACAAUAAUAGCUUCAUUUAUUAAGCGUUAUGUCUCACGCUAUAUUGAUAUUAAUGCCGAUCAAUUAUCUGCCCAACUUCUAUACAAACAACAAAUUAUUAUUGAAAAUUUGACUUUAAACAAAACAACGAUUAAUGAAGACAUUCAAACAAUACUUAAAUUACCAAUAAAAAUCGAAUUAAUUAAUAUCAGUAAAAUUGAAUGUUCAUUUGCAUGGAGUUCAUUGUUUUUUCGUUCGUCAUCAGCCGCAUUAAUUGUUAAAAUUGAAUGUAUUCAUGUAGUUAUCACAGAAAAUGAAGAUGAUUUAUCAACUGAUAUUGUAGAAGAAAAUAAUCAAAUAAAAAAACGUAAUCAACUUGAUUUAAUUGAACAACAAUUAGAAAAAGAAUUGGAAUGUUUUGGUGAAGUUAAAUCAUCAAGAUGGAAUGUUCAACGAUUAUUUAUUUCAUUUUUUGAAAAACUAAAAAUUGAAAUUGUUGAUAUUCAUAUAAGUUACAAAAGUUCUAAACUUUAUACAAUAGGAUUAACGUGUGAUUCAAUUCAAAUUUCAAAUGAAUCAUCGAACGAAACAAUAAGUCGACAAGUAUUUCAAAUAGUCAAUCCUGCUUUUUAUAUUGACAUUAAUAAUUCUUCAACACAUUCCUAUAUUAUUUCACCAUCAAGUUUAAUAGAAAUUUAUCUCAUACAUAAUCAUUUUCUAGUUAAUCAAAAAGAAUAUUGCUAUGAAUUUGAAUGUUCAUUAAAUAAUUUGAAUAUAAGAUGUAAUAAUGAACAAAUUCGUAUUCUAGCUGAUAUUAUUCGACGUGUUCAACAUAGAAGUCUUCAUCAAAUGUUAAUCUCAGAUCCGAGUAGGCCUCGUUCGAAGAUUUCUAAGCAAACAGCUAAAGCUUGGUGGCAUUAUAUUAUUUUGGCCGUUCUUCGAACACAAAUUGAUUUGAAAAAUCUGACUAUAAAUUUUUGGUUUGAUCGUCUUUUGUUAAUACAUCGAUUACAUCAAUUAAAGACUUAUAAACGUUUAUAUCGAGCUUAUCUUGAUAAAAAAUAUGGCAAAUAUUCGAAUUUUUCUUCUGAAGAUGAAUUAAUAAUGAAUAAUAUUGAAGUAGAACUUGAUAUAAAACAUCUUAUAAUCAUACGUCGUUCGAUCUUUCAAACCCGAAUUAACGAACAAUUAAAUGAAAAAAAAGAAGCAGUUGGAUGGUAUUCGAAUUAUGCUAAAUGGGUAACAACAAAAGUGAUUGAUUUAUGGGAACGAAUGUUAACUUCAGAGAAUAUAAAUACUAGUUUAAACGAAAAUGAUAUCAAACUUCAAGAACAAGUUAAUACAUUCAUUGCAGAAUCAAUCAAAGAUGAAGAUUUAUUGGAAAGUUGUCAUAAUUCUCUGAUUUUUCAUUUUAAGUUUACACUUAAAUCAGUAUAUAUCGAUAUUUUAUCAUCAAACAAUAAUAUUCUCUUCAAUUUUUAUCUGAAAAAUUUAUCCUUAAUGACUGAAUUUCGAUUGCGUCAUCAAUCUAUAGUUGCUUCUCUUCAUCUUGAAGAUUUAUCUAUGCAUGAUCAAGGACAAACAGAUAAGUUUUCAACAAUUAUAUGCUCAAAAGAAAGAUCACAGCAAGAAAAAUCAAAACGAGUACCUGUUUUUCAACUCAUAUUUGAGAAGAAAGCAAAAUCAAAAAGUUUAAAACAAUCUUCAUAUUCGAUCGACAUUCGUAGUUGUGGUCUCUGCAUAGUUUUUUGUCCAGAAUCUGUUGAACGAUUAUAUCAUUUUUAUCUUUCGGCUUUUGGUCAAUUUCCUCGAUCAUUGUCAUCAUCUUUUCAUAACUGGAAACAGAUUAAAAACUAUGUAGUUAACAAUUUGAUGUUAACAUUCGAAUCAAUCAUGCCUACACAUAUUACUAAUAGUAAUAAAGUGAAGACGUUUCAUCUACAAAAUUUCGGGCGAAAUCGACAUCGAGAGAAGAAAAUAUUUUAUAUUUAUGUAGAUAUAGGUGCUCCAAAAAUAAUUAUUCCUUUACCAUCACAUGAUGCAUUAGUAGUUGAUUUAGGUUGUUUGACAUUGAACAAUGACACUAAGAGCAAAAGCGAUACUCUAACAUUCUUACCAAACACUAUAUUUGCUCAACAACAAGUUGAAGAGAAUGAUGAUGAAGCAUUUUUGACACCUGAUAGUUCUCCUGAGGCAAUUGAUAAUCCAUUAGAAGAGGAAACUACAUUUUAUUCAAUUAAUGUAAUUUCAACAGAUCAAACUGAUAAUCAUGUUGAAUAUUCGUCUUUUACGCUCUCGAUUCGCGAUGUACAAGUUGGAUAUUCAAUGGAUUCUUCACCGAUGCUAGAAAAAUUUACUAUUUAUUUUAUUAUUAAACAUCCUAUAAAUCAUUUAUGGCCAUUGGUCAACAUUUCAGGUUCAUUGCAAAAGAUUAUUGUUCAUUUGGAUUCACAAAAAAUUCAAAAUCUCUCUUGUAUUAUAAAUCCUUGGAUUAUAUUUAUUGACAAUUUUGUCACUAAAUCGCAUUAUCAAUUAAAUAUUUUGCCUGUGUUUAACUUUCGUUUAGAUGAAAUAAAUGUUCUAUUAAAUGAUGAUUCUCAAGAUCUCUGUCAUAUUCGCAUACAAAAUAUUGAUCUAUCAUUAAUUAAUAAUAAUUAUUCGAAAAUUUUAACUUUUAUUUUACAAACUUUAACGAUAUUCGAUUGUAUGCAACGAGUUGGAAAGGACUAUCAAAUCUUAUUAAAAACAAACCAAGUUUCAAAUGUAAAUGAACCUUUUAUCUGUGCUAAUAUUAAUUUCUUAAUAAAAUCUCAAAUUUCUGAAAGUAAUUCAAUAAUUGAUAUCAAUGCAGACAAACUUGAUUUUGUUUUUAAUCCGAAGACAAUUUGUACAUUAGUCAACUUUUUAUUGAAUCUCAAUCUUUUUUCUUGGAAUCGAACAAUAUUAAAAAGUAUGAGCAAUUUGGGAAAUCCUACAAGCUGUAAAAUAAAUGGUAAGUUGCGAGAAAUUAAUGUUCUCUUUAUUAGUAUAUUACCAAACAUAUUAUCAACUGAUGUUCAUGUCAAUAAUAUCUUUUUGAACAUCUUAUUAAACCCAUUUUCAACAUUUGAAGUAACUCUUAGUGAUGUAAAAAUCUUUAAUAUUUUGAAUAAUUCACAACAAUCUUCUAGUAUUUUGAUUACGGAUGAUGAACAAAUGAAUCUUAUUGUGGAUCUAAGCAAUCAUUUAAUCAACAAUGAAUUAUCACAAAAUACACCGUUACAUUUAUUGUUGAUAAAAACAAAGGACAACAAUUAUAAUUUAUCGAUUAAAAUAACUUCUAUUUUUUAUUUUUAUUCACGUAAAAUGAUCUAUAGUAUUCAACAAAUUCUUGAUUAUAUAACUCAACAUUGUCACUUGAUGGCAAAACAAGAAGCUAAAAGAGAAAAUCAAAUCAUAUGGCUACUUAAUUAUUUUACUCGUUUAGUAAAAAUUCCUAAUAAUUCAAUAAUAUGUUCACCUCAAUAUACUUUGAAUAUUGAUCUUCAUACGUUGACAGUUAUUUUUCCUAUGAAUAUUGUUGUACAACUCAAUCGAACUCAUAUAAGAAAUGGUCAUGAUCACUUAUCAGAUUAUGAAAUUAAUAUUGAUCGAAUAGAUUUAUUUUCGAUGAAUUUUAAUGAUGAAACUCGAUCGGAGAUUAAAAAGAAUCAUAUUCAUCUCUCACAACAUUUAUUUUUGCAGUUCUUAGAAAAUAUUUCCAUGUCUUUCAACCUUCAAUUAUCUGAUUCAUCGAUAAAGAUCGAUUCAAAAGUAAUUUCUUCACUUCGAAUAUUUCUUAGUCCGAAUCGAAUAAAAUAUAUAGAAGAAAUUCUAAAAACAACAUCCAUUCAUAAUACAACAUUAUUAUCUAAAUUCGUUUUUCAUUUAAAAUCAUUCCAAAUGAUUGUUAUCUUUCAAACGGAUCGUAAUUAUGAGUUAAUUACAAUAUGUGAAGCAAUUUUAGAUCAAUGUCAAAUAUUAUAUGAAAAAGAUUAUCCUUACAAUAAGAAAAUUACUCUUCAAUUCAAUUCUCUUCAAAUUAAAGAUCGUUUAACAAAUAUUGAAGAAUCUCUUAUUGUAUUAAAAUUUCCAUCAUCUAUUCAACUAAAUAUGUGUCAGAUCGAUAAUCGACAUAAACAACUCAAUGUCAAUUUGAGAAAAAUUGAUAUCAAAUUUGUCAAACUAACAUGGAGAAUUCUGUCAGAAAUUAUCGAAAUAUUAUAUAAUGAAAUUUAUCCAUUAAAAAUUACAGAGAUUCAAGAGAAGAAAAAUCAAAUAAUGUCCAUCGGUGAUGAUUCAUUGAAAAUCUCAAUCAAUAUUGAAUCUAUCUCGUGUAUUUUUCAAGAUAAUAUAGUGUUGCUUAUGAACAUCAAUCUUCAAAAUUUUAUCUUACAAAUUCAGAUUUAUUCAAAACAAUCAAUAGUAUCAUUGACUAUCAAUGGUCAACUUGCUUUUAUUUCUAUACAUGAUCUGUUAACUAUUAAUCAAUUAUAUAAUGAACGACUUCGUACAACUGGUACAAAUGCAAUUAUCUUCACUUUUACUACAGGAGAAAAUUUUUCAGAAAUUCUAGAUACUGAUCUUUCAAGUCGUUCUCAAUUACAUUUACAAAUGGCAUCAAUUCAAUACAUUCAUACCCAACGUUUUCUUCUUAGUCUUAUUGAUUUUUUUAAUCGUUUUCGACAGAAUGAAUAUUUCUAUAAUCGAUUCCAGACGUUAAUUAUCAAACCAAUCAUUUCGAAUACAAUUAGAAAUUUGAAUGGAAUUCUUUGGAAUACUGAAAUUGAAAAUAUGAUUCUUAUAUUACCCGAAGAUGUACUAAAAAAAUCAGUUCUCAUUUUUCAACUAGAAUAUAUUAAUUUCAAUAAUAAUUUUCUCUUUAAAAAAAAAUCGAAUAUAUUAAGUAGUUUGAAAGAACAAACAAAAAACCUAUCUAACAAAUUUUCUUCACUCGAUUUUAUCUCAAUAGAAAUAAAAAAUAUUGAAUUUUAUUCAACAUACUACUGUUUAUUCAAUGAAAGAUCUUUAAUAUCUAUUCGUUUUUCUAAUUUUGGAUUUAGUCAUAUGCAGAAUGAACUUUCAUCUAUGGUUCGCCAACAAUUUCAUUUAAACAUUAAAAUAGAACAUAAUUUUGACAAAUCAGUUAAUAAUACAUCACCAACGUAUAGCAUAAAAAUAAAUCUCUCAUCUAUUGAUAUUCUCUUAGAUUUAAAUCAAUAUCGUCUCAUACAAAAUAUAAUUGCUUCUAAUAUCAAUGAAGAAUCUAUUAUUAUGAUAAACAAUCUAUUUAACUCUUUAUUAAAAGGAAAAAACGAUGUUUAUACUGAUUUUGUUGUUAUUAUUGAAAUUGAUCAUGUUGGAUUGGAAAUAUUUCUACUCGAUAUUAAUUUUUUAUCGUCCAGUCAUCGUCGAUCGUUAGGUUAUUCAGCCUUAAAAAAUCUUUAUAUUUCAUUCGAUCAAUAUUUCAAUGGAAAUCAAUUCUUACAUCUUUUGUCUUCUGCAAUUCAACUUAUUAAUACACAAGUUCCAAAUGGAAAUAUGAUUAUUUCAUUAUCAAUGCCAUCAAAUUCUAAUCAAAUAGAAAUUCAUCUAUCAAAAACAAAACUUACUAACGAAUGUACAAUAACACUGAAUUGUGUUCGUUUUCUAUUAGUUACUGAUUGGUUACUUAAACUCAAUGAAUUUCUAAAUUCACUCUGUGAACAUCAGUAUACAAUUAAUAGUAGUUUAUCAAUCCUAUCGUUUGAAAUUAAACUUAAUUUAAAUCGAUUCGAACUUGUAUUUGUUUCAAAUAUAAAAGAUCCAUAUACAAGUGCACUCGUUUAUUCUAGUACAAUGUUUGUUAACUAUAAAAAAGGAAUUCAACCAGUAGAAUGUUCAAUAAUUGAUUUAACAUUUUUUACAUGUCAAAUUGGAUGUAUUGAUGAGACAACAAUUUCCAUCAUUGAACCCAUUGAUUGUUCUUUUGUUCUUCAUACAUCAAAUGAGAUACUUAAUGAACAAACAUGUGAACUUAAUAUUCCCAUAUUAAACAUUCGUAUUUCAUAUUCAAAUAUUAAAAUGAUAUUAUCUUUGUUUAAUUCAAUAUUUAAACAAAUAUCUCAAGCAAAAAGUCAAAAAUUUUUAUUAACAUAUUUUAAAAGAAUUAUUACAUCACCGUUAAAAAAUGAUCAAUCAUCAGAAGAAAAUGCAUUUCUAAAUAUAAAAUUUUUAAAAUUAAUAUGUGAUGAAAUAUGUUUAUGUCUUAUUGAUGAUUGUUUCGAUGUAAAUAUUCCUUUAUUAAAUAUUAAUUUAAAACCUUUUAAUUUAAAAACAAUAGAAAAUAGUCAUUCAUAUCGUACAGUUCAAAGUGAUUUUCAAUUAAAUAUUUCAUAUUAUAAUCGUUUUCAAUCCGGAUUUGAACCAUUAAUUGAAACAUGUCAAUUACAAAUGACUUUGAGCAGAUCAUUGUCGGCCGUUUCAUUAUUUAUUUCUUCGAAUGAAAUACUUAAUUUAAAUUUUACAAAAGCAAUGUAUCGUUUAUAUAAUACAAUUAAAACAAAUUGGUUAACGGAUUAUCAAAAUUCCAAGAAUGAUAUUGGAACGAAUACAUCGAAAAAAGAAAUCGGUUUUCGUUGUGUAAAACCAUUUGAUUCAUAUUGUUUUAAGAAUUUAACUGGAAUUCGAAUAAAAUUUCGCACUUGGAUAACGGCUGAACAACAAUUUUCAAUUCAUGAAAAUAUUGUUGAUGAUAAUCAAACGAUUUCAUUUUGUUUUUCUACUCGUUCGUCUCAAUUAAGCAACAAUAUAAAUCAACAUCGUCAAGUGAGAGCACGAACAAAUUCAGUUGUUACUUCUUUAUUUCAAACUGAUCAUCGUCUAUUAAUUUCAAUCGAUGGUUGGAAAUGUUUACAAUCAAUAUCAAUUGAUCAUGUCGGUAAAUUUUUUCGAUUAGCCAUUCCAUCCGAUAAUAAUCAAUUAUUUAAGCCGAUUCUCAUUUUUAUCGACAUCACUAUGACAGAUAGUUCAAUACGUUUGAUUACAGUAAGAUCCCCUAUCGAAAUACGAAAUCAACUAUUGACAUCAAUCGAUAUUCGAUUUAAAUGUAAUUUCGAUUUAUCGCACGAGUUUUGUUUAGAACCAAAUGAAAUUCGAUCAUUACCCAUACAAUUCUGUUCAAUACUCAAACAAAUUCAAGUUCGACCCGCUAAUUUUGCUCUUGACUAUUGUGAUGAUCCUAUCAAUUGGUUUGAGAUUGAAAAUGAAAAUAUGUCAGAUGCACAAAGCGCUAAUAAUAGUACUAGAAAAUCUUCUGCAUCAGAAGAAAAUACAAUAAGUCGUCAAUCAUUUCUUCGUACAUGUUCAUUCAAUGGAAAAGAAGCCGUUUAUUAUGUAUGUUUCCAAUCAAAACAAACUUCUCUUUUAACCUAUCAAGAUCAUACACUUUCGCUCUAUCAGUUAUCUAUUUUUCCACCGUUAACAAUUUGUAAUUUACUUCCAUGUACAUUAACUUUUGAAAUAUCAUCUUAUCCGCAAAAAUUUGAACUCAAUGCGUAUAAAUUUCAUCGAGAUCAUACAUUAAAUAUUCUUCAAGCCAUAGAUAUUGUCUUUGCUACUAAUAUCUAUCGUAUGAAUAAACCAAUAUGUUUAUCAUCAAUAAAUGAUCUUCAUCGUAUGAAAUAUACUCAUCAACGUGUUAUCUUCUAUGAUAAUAAUCAACGAGAAUUAAUUGUCGAUAUUACCAUUGUAUGUGUCAUUAAACAUCGUCUAAAACUUUUCGUAUCUGUUCCCUAUGUCUUAUUAAAUAAGAGUGACGUAAAUUCAAGAAUUGAAGCAGCUGGACAAAAUAAAGAAGAUGAAAUAGCGUUAAAUCGAGAACCACUUCUUUUUUCAUUCAAUGAUUCAAAUCGUAAUAAUGCAUGUAUAAUGAGAGUAGGUACAGGUUUACAUCUUCAUCAAGAUGGACGUCCUCAAUGGUCACAACGAUUCAAUUUAGAGCAUGGUUCAACUUAUCGGCAAUUAAAAGUACGUUCAUCACGUAAUUCAUCCGAUUGGAAUUAUUCUAUUAGUAUUGAUGUUCAUUUCGGAAAUGGUCAUAUGAAAAAAACAAAAUUUAUUUUUUUCAAUGCACGUUAUAUUAUUUGUAAUCAAAGUUUAUACGAUUUAUUGAUUAGACAACAACACAUACCAGAUGAUGAUUCUAAUUGGCUUCAUGUGUCAAGACAUGCAACUGUUGCUUAUCAUUGGCCACGUACCGAUAUUGAACAAUUACUAUGCGUACGAGUUAUAGAUGAUAAUCAAUUUCAAUUGGUUCAUUGUUCGGGCGGUUUUCAAAUAGAUUGUAUUAAUGCAUUUCAUAUAAAUAUGAGAUAUAAUAAUGGUCAAUGUUUAAUACUUCGAGUACAAAUUAUCGAACGAAAUGGUACUUAUUUUGUUGUAUUUAUGGAUUCGAACCAAAUGCCAGCUCCAUUUCGUAUAUAUAAUCGAUCUGAUGUACCAAUUCAAUUCUAUCAAACAGAAAUUCGAGAAGAUCUAAACCAUUUGCGCACAAUGAUUCUACCACAUCAAUCACUCGAUUAUGCUUGGGAUGAACCAACAUUUAAGCCGACGAUUACUUGUUCGAUCACAGAUGGUACUAAGGCAACCUAUGAUCUUCUUAAACUUGGUUCUGCCGAUGAUUUACACUAUCAAAAUUAUAUAUAUCUCGCUGUUCAAGAAACAUUUGAUGGUGAAGAUCUUAUAGAACUAUUAUCGACAACAAAUAAGACUUACAAUACAUCACAUUAUUCAUCUCAACAGCUCGUCAUUGAAUAUAUCGAUGGUCGAUUGUUACUAUCAAAACUUGAGGAAAAUAAACGUUCACAAUUAUGGCAGAUGACAAGUAAUGGCCUAUUGAUUCAUGUUGGAUCGUCAUCACUUCAAGAGUCGAACACGAAGAAAGAAUAUUUCGAUGAUAUUCGACAAGCAUUUGUCUUAGAUAUUAAAGAUUCGAUUGAUAAUAUUUUGAGCAAUCUAAUGACACGUUUUACUCCAUUGAUAGUGAGACGUUACGAUCCUAAACGAUCCUUUACACAAACUUGGCAGUUUCUCGAUAAUGUUUAUUUGUGUAUGGCAAAUACACAGAUGUGUGUUCAAGUCUUUGGUGAAUUAAAGGAAAAUAGUGAUGUAGUUCUUGGACCGAUUAUUGAGAAUAAAAAUCCGUUACCUUCAGUAACUAUGCACAUUCGUUCUCAUCAACGUUAUAAAGGUUCUGGUGUCUUAUAUACCCGUAUAAUUGCAGAUGGACCCACAAAUGUGCUCGAAAUAGAUCAUAUAAAAACAACUGAUUUACCAACCAUAACUACUAGUUUAUCACCAUCAUCAACUGUUUAUCAUUUGGAUCUUCAUUUUCCAGCUGGUGUUGGCGUAUCUAUUGUAGGAUCUAUCGGUCAUGAAUCGGAAGAACUUCUUUAUGUCCUUGUUAACAAUGUUCAUGUCGAGUAUAAUGAUAAAGAUCAUGAAAAAUCAAUUGAAGCAACAAUCGAUACUCUCAUUAUUUCGAAUCAACUUUUGAUGACAACAAUACCAUGCUUCCUCUAUGCAACUUGUACCAGAGAUACAUCAGUUCAAUCAGCUAUUCGUUUACAAGUAAAUUGGCAAAAAUUCAAUGCUAAUUUCAUUCUUCGUAUCAUUCGUUGUCUUCGUAUCGACCUCAAUUCAAUCACAAUUCAACUCGAUGAACUUCUUUUGUGGAAAUUAAUUGAUUUUUUUGAUAUUGAAAUCUCAUCGUUAUCUGCAUUACUAUUUAGAGCUGGUGGCAUUGGUAAUAGUUCCAAUUCUGAUCGUAAAAUUAAUCUAAAUGUAAAUGAUUACGAUACAGAACGAAUUCUAUCAUUAUUGACAUCAACACAUGCUACUCGAAUCUAUUUUAAUAAACUUUAUUUAUCACCUAUCAAUCUCAAGUUAAGUGUGUAUUGUAUUCAUUCAAAACGAUCGCUUCCAAUGCAUUUAUUGGCUAUUAAACGACGUGCAUCAUUUCCUCUUGUUUCUUUUGAAAAUGCUGAAAUACAUUUAAGAGCUUACGAACAAACACAUAUUUCUAAUACGUACGAUUUUUUUCUGUUCUCAAUAAUGACACACUAUGUUAAUGUUUGUACACGACAAAUACUGAAAAUUGUAGGUAGUGUCGAUUUUCUUGGAAAUCCACUUGGAUUAAUUCAUGAUGUGAGCAAUGGUUUAACUUGUCUUGUUGAUCAAGGUAGUGUUCACUAUCACAUGUUAUUGGGUAAACUUGUUUCGGAUAAUGAACUUGAUAGUCGACGACAAACUACAGUAGACCAUCGUCGAGGUUCAACACUCGGUAAUGUUAUUCGUCAUGGAAGAGCUAGUUUAGCUGCUGGAUUUUAUGGUGGAUUGACAUCAAUUAUUAAACAACCAUAUAAAGGUGUUGUUGAAGAAGGUGUUCCUAGACUUGUUAAAGGUUUUGCGAAAGGUAUUGUUGGAACAGUAAGUAAACCUAUGAUUAGUAUACUUGAUUUUACAAAUGAAAUGGCAACAGCUAUCAAAGAAGGUUCACGUUCACCGAAUAUAAUUCUACAUAGUCGUACAAGACCAACACGAUGGCCAUCAAAUAGUUUAGGUCUACUUCAAUCAUAUUCGAUAUUCGAUUUUUGA